AUUUUGGCGUUUCAGCUCAGUUAUCGCUGGUUCACCAGACAGCACGGUUGUGUUUAGUGAGAUCGGCGGGGCGCGCUCUCUUUAUCUCUCCUUGCCUCUCUUUACAAAUCUCGUCUCUUUUGUAUAGCUCUCUCUUUCUCUCGGUUUCACUCCCUCUCUCGUGUCGGUCGUUGGCUUUGCUUGAAGCAAGGGCCUAAGCUUCGUGUGCUAAAUACGCCAUCUUAUAUAAUAUCUUGCUAAAGUGUCCGCAAUAUGCUAAAAAUCUAAAAAGUGAACUUUGAUUUGUGAUUUUUAAAUUACUUGCAAAGUGUAUCAGUGCAUCUGAACUAUGUCCUGUCGUUCGGAUAUUGAUCUGGCCACUCUACAUCAGCACCGACUCGAAGAGCGCUGGAACUAUGGGCUCGCCUGGUGCGGUGCCCAUGGAAGAAGCCAACAGCAGCAACAGUUGACCCACUACAACGAGUUGCUCAUCCGUCAGAGCACCAACCAGAAUCACCAUCAGCGCUUGACCAAGAGUGGAAGCUAUUACAAAGUCUCUGAUUCCAGCAAUUCGAGUAGAAUUCUCAGCACGGUUAAGGAUAACGUUGCCAAAGAUAAUCAAAAUAAGCCGCUACAGGGAUUGGAUGACUAUAAUAAUGACUAUUUCACAUCUACGACACGUCGCAGACGCUCCGGCACUUGGCCGCGCACGCGUAGCCUAAACGCACCUUCGCCAUUCCAGCAAUUCGGGCCAUGCGGGCGCAUUAUGAAGAACUCUGCAAUGGUAAUGCAAAUCCAAGAUCCCGCCAGUCAGCGCCUGACCUGGUAUAAGCCACCAUUAACUGUGCUCGUAAUCAAGAAGAAGGACUCCCAAGUGUUGCUACCAUUUGUGCAGUUAGUUGAAUGGCUGGUCCAAGAGAAAAAUAUGGUCGUGUGGGUGGAGUCCGCAGUGCUGGAGGACAAGUUGCUGCGCGACGAUGUCCGACUGGAGCAGGAGAGUGCAAAAUUUCGGAUGGUUCAUGAGUAUUACACUGGAGUGCGUUCUCGUUUCCUGGCGCUGCGAGAGAAGCUAGUAACCUUCAAAGAUGGCCGCGAUGAUCUCACCGAUCGCAUUGAUUUUAUUGUCUGUCUUGGAGGCGAUGGCACGUUACUGUAUGCCUCGCAAUUAUUCCAGCAAUCGGUGCCACCUGUUAUGGCCUUCUAUCUGGGCUCUUUGGGCUUUCUGACACCGUUUCAGUGUGACAACUUUCAGGAGCAAGUGACCAAUGUGUUGGAAGGUCAUGCCGCACUCACACUGCGAAGUCGGCUGCGCUGUUCGAUCCAUCGCAAAGGCGACCGUCGCAGGGAGUCCCUGCAGCAAGCUAGUAAUCUCUUGAAGCCCCAUUUCCAGCGACAAUCGAAUUUUGGCGACGCAGGUAACCCAAAGGCCUGCAACAACAACUGUAGUCCCUCCUCAGCACAAGGUGCGGGUGGUCACAGCAGCAUUCUGGUGUUAAACGAGGUGGUCAUUAAUCGUGGCCCAUCCCCCUAUCUGAGCAACAUUGAUAUUUUCUUGGACGGCAAGUACAUUACAUCUGUGCAGGGAGAUGGAUUGAUUGUGUCUACGCCAACGGGCAGUACAGCUUAUGCGGCAGCUGCUGGUGCGUCUAUGAUCCAUCCAUCCGUGCCCGCUAUACUAGUAACGCCCAUCUGUCCGCAUUCACUAAGUUUUAGGCCAAUUGUAAUCCCAGCCGGUGUGGAGCUGAAGAUAUCAAUAUCGCCGGAUAGUAGGAAUACGUCACGCGUAUCUUUCGACGGGCGAAAUGAUCAAGAAUUAAAUCAUGGUGAUAGCCUGCGAGUGACAACCUCUAUUUAUCCUGUACCGAGCAUUUGUGCCCAGGAUCAAAUAUCCGACUGGUUCGACUCACUGGCCGAGGGCCUACAUUGGAAUGUGCGUAAACGCCAAAAGUGUCUUGAUGAACUCUCGGAUUUGACGGCAUCCGGAUCGGAAGACACGCUUGACGAAUUCGACAGCCUGAAGAUACACGACGCGUAGUGCUCAACCACAAUAUAUAUGCAUUAACUGUUGCCAAUUGUAGUGGUAAAUUAGUUUAUAAAGUUUGCUCGUGUGAAAUUUGUCAACAUAUAAAACUAUCUAAUUAAAUAAUACUCCGGUCUAUUGUACAAUAUACAGAUAUAUAAAUAUUUGGUUGAGUUUACAUUAUAUAGCUUCGUUUAUAUCUAAACAAUUUAAUAUUGCUUCAGAACAAAUAAAUUUAAGUAUAGAUAUUAAGAUAAAAUUCAUGUGAAAGUGUGCCGCAAAUAUGUUAAAAUUGUGCGUGUAUAUUUUAUAAUAGUAAAAAUUGUUUUAUUUUCUUAAACACCACAAAAUAUUCAUUUUAUUUACUGUUGUAUCUGGUAUUCUAUAUGAAAACUCUGUUCAAUUAAUUUAUUAGCGCUUAGGAUUGUGGAAUCGUCUAGGAAACAUAAGCAAAACCUUCAUUUGCUUUAAAGUAAAGUUGUUAAAUGUAAUUAGACAAUGUAAUUAAGUGAAGUAAAAAUCAUUGUAAACCGUUUUGACCGUCGACCUAUUUAAGCGUGACAACAUGUUUCAGGAUUAUUAUAUUCAAAUACAAUAAUAGGGAGAAGAAUGCAGUUUA